AUGACUAGAAUAGUUAAGGGUGUAGUGUUUGCUCAUCCUGAUGGCGGACAUGGAGUAGAUGUUGAUUACACAUCUGAAGACCCGAGUGUGACCGUCGAAUACACGACAGUUCCAACUUCCACUUAUGGAAUAGAUUUUGAUCACACAUCUGAAGAUCCGGAAACGACAUCCGCCGAAUACACGACAGUUCCAAGUUCCACUUAUGGAAUAGAUUUUGAUCACACAUCUGAAGAUCCGGAAACGACAUCCAUCGAAUACACGACAGUUCCAACUUCCACUUAUGGAAUAGAUUUUGAUCACACAUCUGAAGAUCCGGAAACGACAUCCGCCGAAUACACGACAGUUCCAACUUCCACUUAUGGAAUAGAUUUUGAUCACACAUCUGAAGAUCCGGAAACGACAUCCGCCGAAUACACGACAGUUCCAAGUUCACGUUACACGACCCUUCGAGCUUUCACUUCAUCUACACCGUCAACCAUGACGACGACCCCUCCGAUGUCAUCUACAUCUACACUGUCAACUACGACGAGGACAACUCCGAUGUCAUCUUCAUCUACACUGUCAACCACGUCAGCGAUACCUCCAAUGUCAUCUACUACAAGGACACCGUCAACUACGACGACAACUCUGUCACAUUCCACGUCAACCACGCCGUCAACUACCUCAACCACUACAAAAAACACUUCGACGGCUAUUGGGUCAACAACAACAGAAUCCCGAACUCAAACUUCCAGCUCCCAGUUAGUAAUUACAGCGGUACUAUCUAGUUAA